GUCAACAUCACAACCUCAUCUGCUAAACUUAGCCAUUACCUACCUACCUCCUCCAGCAUUGUUGGAUAACCUCAUCGUCAUUCAAAGCAAAAUUUGACAUCAACCAAUACCACGCCCACAUUGAAUGCAUUGCGCACCACACCAGCCGCUAAAAUCUACCCGCAUUUUCUUACGGAGUCUUCGCCGACUUCGUAAUCUGCAUCUUCCACCCUGGCCGAAGACAUGGGCGUUAUCCGCAAAAAAACAGCCACGAGAGGUGGUGAAGGUGGUGUGAAGUAUGUCUGCGAUGUCUGCUCGGCGGAUAUCACGUCUACCGUACGGAUAAGGUGUGCCCACAGCGCAUGUAACGAAUAUGACCUCUGCGUUCAGUGCUUCGCGAGCGGAUCCUCUAGCGGUUCUCACCAGCCUGCCACACAUCCCUAUAAGGUCAUCGAACAGAACUCUUUCCCUAUAUUCGACCAGGACUGGGGCGCUGAUGAAGAGCUCUUACUUUUGGAAGGCUGCGAGAUUUACGGGCUCGGAUCUUGGGCCGAUAUUGCAGAUCACAUCGGAGGCUACCGGCGUAAGGAUGAAGUUCGAGACCACUACCUCAAAGUCUACGUCGAUUCCCCAUUUUUUCCGCUCCCAAAACGGUGCCGGCCGUCGGACAUGGAACUAGCCCAAGAAAUAUCUCGCGAGGAAUUCCAGGGACGCAAGAAACGUAGGAUCGAAGAACGUAGAGAAGCCCAGAAGAACGCGCCGCCCUUGCCACCCAAGACCAAGCCGACAGCCAGCGUACCUUCCUGCCACGAAAUACAAGGUUACAUGCCUGGACGACUCGAGUUCGAGACCGAAUAUGCCAACGAGGCGGAAGAAGCGGUCCAAUUGAUGCAGUUUGAUCCGGGCGACGGUAUUAACCCACGUACCGGCGAGCUCGAACCCGAAAUGGAUCUUAAGCUGACAGUGAUGGACAUCUACAACUCACGCCUCACCCAGCGCGUGGAGCGCAAGAAGGUCAUUUUCGAGCAUAAUCUGCUAGAUUACAGGGAAAAUAGUAAGAUUGAGAAGAAGAGGACCAAGGAAGAGCGAGAUAUCCUGAACAAGGCAAAGCCGUUCGCGCGCAUGAUGAAUCACGACGACUUCGAGGCGUUCUGCCAAGGGCUGGUGGACGAACUGAACCUGCGACAGGCGAUCACACAACUGCAGGAGUGGAGGAAUAUGGGAAUCGGAGAUCUUCGUAGCGGAGAGAAGUACGAGCAGGAGAAGGCUCAGCGCAUUCAGAAGUCCAUGCCGAUGGGAUCGAUGGACCGCGAGCGACUUGCCUCGGCGCAGCGCAACAAGCAGAGUGUCCAGCCGGAACCUCCCAGCGGCGCCGCGCUCCUCAUAGCACCCGAGCUCCCGUUUCGCCCAGCCGCUGCGGGAGCAUCAUCCCAUGGAAACACAGACGCGUCUGGGAACGGCCAUACGAACGGCGAUGCCAAUGGCGUCACGACUAACGGGGGACCAGUGCCGGGGAAGCAGAAAUUCGUUUCCCAGCCCAUCUCGGGCGUGCAACCUCUAGCCCUGACGCAGGACAACGCGCCAGAUAUGCAUCUCCUCACCCCCGAAGAAGUCGAUUUGUGCAAAGUGUCACGAUUACAGCCGAAGCCGUACCUGAUGAUCAAGGAGCAAGUUCUGAAGGAAGCCCUCAAAGGCAAUGGGUCGCUCAAGAAGAAACAGGUGAAGGAGAUAUGCCGAUUAGAUUCUCAAAAAGGAGGCAGGAUUUUCGACUUCUUCAUCAAUGCCGGCUGGAUCGCGAAAGCGUAGGCCUAGUUUCUGGCGUCCCUGUUAGAGGCCCACCACGCGCUACGGUACGGCUCGUCGAUCCCAGUUUCGGACCCGAGAUGCGGGAGCUCUCGCAGAGGGGUUCCUAGCGACCAGAUUACGCCUACCGCCUACAUGCAGUACAGAGGUUAUUGGUGGAUGGGCUGUACAUGUAGAUAGUAAUUUUUACACGAAGAUUGCUGCGCCCUGCGGCUUUCCCUAGCGCCACCAGGAGACAUUUUUGCUGGCCGUAGCGAUGUGUACGACGACACCGUGCCGCUAUCAUCCAUGUUAGCGGGAGCGGCUAGACAGCCGCCGUGCAGCAUGUAACCCCAGUGAUUUCCAACUCAUAUCUUCGCGCCGAAGCGACGCUUCACGCAAAUGGUGAAUGUCCAUGAUGUGUUGGAUUCUUCGAAAUGGCAACCAUUAGUAGCGUGCUACGAUCUAAUAUAUACUGGACUAGCAUUUUCCCAUCCACAC